AUUUGACAUUUCGACAUUUCUUUUCUACCGUGAUUCUCUUAACAAUUUCGCACAUUUUAUAGUAAAGAAAUAUAUAAAAAUUUAGUUAAAUAAAAUUUACACCGAUAAUGUCUGAAACUGAAAUAAAUGGCACCGAGGAGGAGGUGCAGGACAAAAAGCAAAAGAAACAAACUCGUCAUGACGGCGGUGCAGCCGAUUUAGAACGUGUUACAGAUUAUGCGGAAGAAAAGGAAAUUUCGGCAGCGCACAUAUCCAGUGCGGUAGAACAAAUUGGCAACAAACGCAGUAAAGAAGAUGAACGUAAGGUCGCCAAAGAGAUGGAGCUGCUAAAGGUGCAUGUGAAAAAAGAGGACAUUGAAUUGAUUAUGAAUGAAAUGCUGAUAUCACGUACCCAUGCGGAAAAAGUGCUGCGUGAACAAAGUGGUGAUGUAGUGGCUGCGUUAGAGGCAAUAAUCGCUAACUAGAUACCCUUCCCGGCUGAUGCAUCACAUGUGAACAAUUUCUGUACUAUUAGUAUUUUGUAAAAACCGAAUGAAAAAAAUAAAAAUACAUGAUAUUGUCAUGGUAAAAAUAUAGUUCUAAAGAAAA